UUUGGGAGGGCUGAUCUUUGCUCUGUGUUCUGCUGGUGAGCUAUACUCUACUUCUGUCUUUAGUUUCCUUUCUAUCAACUCCCUUAUUUAUCUCCUGUCUCAGGAAGAGGAGUCGUCUUGGAGGCUAGGUGUAGGGGAGCUAAACAGCUCCCAUUUCCCAAGGCAGUUUUCUCUGUGUUUUGCAAGGUGCAAAACUCUCAACUACCAGGAGCUAAUGGAGCCCUGAAGCCAGUGUGAGUAGUCCUCUCUCCUCUGCAGCACAGCAGGCUCACGUGGUUCACCCAGGCAGGGUGAAAGGAGAAGUUGCCGUCUAAGAAUUGAAUGUGUUUAGAUACCACUCAGCCAGUCUGCCUGCUCCUUCUCCUUUCAGGCUGACACCAUCAUGUGCCCCCGAGUAAUCUCUUUAAGCCUCAUACUACUUUUCGCAGGUGCUGUUGUUUCUUAUAAGAAAGUGAGUGGAGUUGUAGGUUGGCCAGUCACACUACCCUGCUCCUAUUCAGUGGCAAAUGGAGUCACCUCCAUGUGCUGGGGCAAAGGGGUGUGUCCUGCGUCUCAGUGCUCAGAGCAGAUCAUCUGGACAGAUGGUAAUCGCAUCACUUUUCAGAAACACACACGUUAUGAUCUGAAGGGGAAUAUUUUACAAGGAGAUGUGUCAUUGACCAUAGAGGAUGCUGUUGAGACUGACAGUGGCUUGUAUUGUUGCCGUGUUGAGCACAGGGGAUGGUUCAAUGAUCAGAAGAUCACCCUGUCACUGGAGAUUAAACCAGCCAGGAAUGCAAGCAUUCCAACAUCACCUAGUUUCUCUACCUCUGCUCCUCCGACACCGACACCCACGCAGAAUCACAAACCAGUAGCUACUUCAUCUUCUCCAACUCAACCAACAGAAACCCAGCACACAACACUACAGAAAACAAGAACCCAACCCACCAGCUCACCUUCCUUGUAUUCUUGCCCAACAGAUGGGAAUGGCACCAUGACACAGACUUCAGAUGGCCUUUGGCAUAACAAUGAGACUCAAGUGUUUCCAGCACAGAGGCCAUGGAGCACUGCAAGGGAGCUCUCCAUCGGAAUCUGCGUUUCUGUCUUGGUGUUGGUCAUUGUUUUUGUUAUCGUCAUCAUCAAAAAGUAUUUCUACAUUAAGGAAAAGAUGCAGACCGUGAGUAUGGUUUCACUGAACGGUUCUCAGACUGGAACUUUGCAAACUGUGCUUGAAACGCAAGUCCGAGCAGAAGACAAUAUCUACAUUAUCGAAGAUGAUCUUUAUGUCAUGGAAUAAAACCUGGGAAGGUGCCCAAACUUGGAGGUUUGAAAUUAAAGCCCAUAUUUGCAGCUUCUCUGGAAAGACACGAUGAGAUUGAAUUGCAUUUGGACACUAUUUUUUUCUUUUUUUUUUUUUUUAACCUAACAGCGGUAGGGCUUUGAGCUUGUGGUGUCUACUCUGUUUCUAGUGCCCUUCUUGGAGGUUCAUGAUGCACACCGGAGGCUCUGGGAAUCUGAAUAACUUUGUUUAGUUCAGUAUUUCUCAAAGGUGUUGGAACACAGGAGUACC